GGGGCAAGGCGAGGGCAGAUCCUGUGAUGAAGAAACUCUGAAGGCAGGGAGGAGGAGUAAAACUACUGCCCUGCACAGUAAAUGUUCUUGUAUACUGUACAGCAUUCUGCUGGUGGCUUGAGGCAGAGGCUCAUUAGAUCAGAUCAAGCUGUCUGACCUGUACCUGUACGCUAGGUGCAGCUGAUCUUACCUGUGGAAGAAAAGCUGUGCAGCUUCUCACAGCUCUGUUUGCUCCUGAACUUGGAAACUGUGCCUUUCAGACAGUCCUGCUCUAAGGUGACAACAUGCUGAAGCAAGUUGUGUCAUUCAGCCGCUCCUUGGUGCGCAGGAAAGUGGUCGACAUGAACAGCCUGGAGGACUCCAAGCUGUGCCGCUGCCUGGGAACCGUAGACCUCAUUGCCCUAGGGGUGGGCAGCACCCUGGGGGCUGGGGUUUACGUGUUGGCCGGAGAGGUGGCCAAGGGAGACUCUGGCCCCAGCAUCGUCAUCUCCUUCCUCAUUGCUGCCCUGGCCUCAGUCAUGGCCGGCCUAUGCUAUGCCGAGUUUGGGGCCCGUGUCCCUAAAACUGGCUCUGCUUAUCUAUACAGUUAUGUCACAGUAGGGGAGAUCUGGGCCUUCAUUACAGGCUGGAACUUAAUCCUCUCAUAUGUCAUUGGCACCUCCUCUGUUGCCAGAGCUUGGAGUGGCACAUUUGAUGACAUGAUAGGAGGACACAUUGAGGUUUUCUGUAAAACAUACUUCAGCAUGAACUCUCCUGGUUUGGCUCCAUAUCCUGACUUCUUUGCUGUGUGCCUCAUUCUGCUGCUCUCUGGGCUCUUGUCUUUUGGAGUAAAGGAAUCAGCCUGGGUCAACAAGGUCUUUACAUCAAUCAACGUGCUUGUGCUUUUCUUUGUCAUCAUUUCUGGCUUCGUCAAAGGAGACACAUAUAACUGGAAGAUAACUGAAGAAUCCCUUGUAAAUAUCACAAUAGUCACAAGGAACUUGUCUGUGACAGCCAACGUAAGCAGUGACUACGGUAUUGGUGGCUUCAUGCCCUACGGGUUCAGCGGGACACUAGCCGGAGCUGCAACCUGCUUCUAUGCUUUUGUCGGAUUUGACUGCAUUGCAACAACAGGAGAGGAGGUGAAGAACCCCCAGAAGGCCAUUCCCAUCGGCAUAGUGGUGUCACUCACCGUAUGUUUCCUGGCGUACUUUGGCGUCUCUGCUGCACUUACCCUGAUGAUGCCCUAUUAUCUGCUGGAUGAGAAGAGCCCGUUGCCCAUGGCCUUUGAAUAUGUAGGCUGGGGGCCUGCCAAAUACGUGGUUGCUGUGGGUUCAUUGUGUGCCCUCUCUACCAGUCUGCUGGGCUCCAUUUUCCCCAUGCCUCGUGUAAUCUAUGCUAUGGCAGAGGAUGGGGUGCUUUUCAAAGCCUUAGCCCGAAUCAAUCCUAAGACGAAGACCCCAGUUAUUGCCACUAUGAGCUCCGGUGUAGUUGCAGCAAUCAUGGCUUUCUUGUUUGACCUUAAAGCCCUGGUCGACAUGAUGUCUAUUGGAACCCUGCUGGCCUACUCCCUGGUGGCUGUUUGUGUGCUCCUUCUCAGGUACCAGCCAGAGGGAGUCCUAGAGAGGCAGCCAGGAAAAGGAGAGAAGGACUAUUUAUCAUCUGAAGAGUCCGAAUUGACCGAGUCAGAGUCCCACCUGAACAUGCUGAAGGAUGGUAACUCCACCCUUCAGACUGUCCUGCAUCCACCCCUCUUACCUUCAGAAGAGUCAUCCUUUGUGGUCAACAUGUCCAUUUGUGUGUUAGUGCUGAUAGUGUGCAUCAUCAGCUAUCUCACCACCUACCAUUUUAAUUCAAUCAUUGCUUUGGAAGUGUGGAUUUUGGCCUUGCUGUCUGUGUGUCUCCUAAUCUUCAGCAUCUGCGUUUUCAUGGUCUGCAGGCAGCCUCAAACUACCAAGAAGGUCUCCUUUAUGGUUCCCCUUCUGCCCUUCCUGCCUAUUCUGAGCAUAUUUGUUAAUAUUUACCUCAUGGUUCAGUUAAGUGGAGACACCUGGAUACGUUUCUCUGUCUGGAUGGCUGCAGGCUUCUUGAUCUACUUUGGUUAUGGCAUUUGGCACAGCACCGAGCGACAGCGCCACUGUCAAGGUGCGCAGAACAGUAACCACACCAACCAGCAAAACAUGAAGACCAUCCAGGACAAGCAGGGCGAAAUGGGAUCCUCCUCUGCGAAGGAGCAGGAGUGCUUCAUCAGCCCUGAUAAAACCAGCCAGUGUUAAAGUUUCCAAAGUGUUUGACUAACUCCAAGAGGCAGCUGAUACAAGAAAGCACUCAGCGGCUUCAGCCUCAAUGCGCCUGUACAUAUGGUUCGACAUGUGUACAAAUCUCACUAGCACCUUUGGUCUGCAAAUGCAGUGUCAGUAUUCUGUAUCAGUACCAGCAUGAUGAGAAAUUGCUCUGUCCCUGUGACUGGACCACAGUGCAGUAGUUCCCAUGGGGCCUUUGUGCACAGGCUUGGAGGAAUAAAGGACAGGUAACACACUGGAGAGCAGAAGCAAAGAUAUGUGGCUUCAUGAGGGACUGGAGAUUUGAUUGCAGAAAACAUCUUAUAGUCCUCCUGUGAUACAACCAAACACACACUCACACACACAUAUAUGUAUGUAUAUAAAAACACAUUUGUCUGGACUCUUCCAUUUUUUUCACAAAUGAAUUUAAUUAUAUUUUUGAUGACCUCAUAGAACGUAAACUUGUGCCUUUCUAAUGUCUGUAGAAAACAAGACUUUACACACCUUGACCUACAGUGGAUAUCAUUAUGCUAAAAAAUGUCAAUUAAAUUGUCGAAAUGAGAACCUGACAAAACAUUUCAAGGCUUUCUACACUUUUACGCCGACAUAUCUGGUAUAGUUUCUGCAAAAAAAAA